CAUGUAUGGAACGCAGCCCUGCUAGGUUUUAGGUGUAACUCGUGAUUCAUUGAACGCAGCCGCAGCGCGUCUUGUUCCUGUCUUCGUCAUAUAUCGAGGAUCCCUGCACUAUACAGUGCUUCCGAGCUGUUCAGGAAAACAACUCUGGAACAAAGUUACCAUAUAUAGUGAAGCUAUUUUAAUUACGGGAGAAAAAACGCCAAAUUAACAGGGACUGAACAAAAUGCCUGCAGUUUCCAAAGGGGAUGGGAUGCGUGGCCUGGCCGUGUUCAUCUCUGACAUCAGGAACUGUAAAAGUAAAGAGGCAGAAAUUAAGAGGAUAAACAAAGAGCUGGCCAAUAUCCGUUCCAAAUUUAAAGGAGACAAGGCUCUGGAUGGUUACAGUAAAAAAAAGUAUGUCUGCAAGCUGCUCUUCAUCUUCCUUCUGGGCCAUGAUAUCGACUUCGGACACAUGGAGGCUGUCAACCUCCUCAGCUCCAAUAAGUACACGGAGAAACAAAUUGGUUACCUGUUCAUCUCAGUGCUGGUGAACUCUAACAGCGACCUGAUCCGUCUAAUCAACAAUGCCAUUAAGAACGACCUGGCCAGCCGCAAUCCAACCUUUAUGAACCUGGCGCUGCACUGCAUUGCUAACGUGGGCAGCAGAGAAAUGGCUGAGGCUUUCGCUUCUGAAAUUCCCAGAAUCUUGGUGGCAGGGGACACCAUGGACAGCGUGAAGCAGAGCGCAGCAUUAUGUCUGCUGCGACUCAACAGAACGUCUCCUGACCUGGUGCCCAUGGGCGAAUGGACAGCACGAGUCGUCCAUCUGCUUAACGACCAGCACCUGGGAGUAGUAACAGCAGCCACCAGCCUUAUUACCACUCUGGCCCAGAAGAGUCCUGAUGACUUCAAAACCUCCAUCGCACUGGCUGUGGCCAGGCUCAGCAGGAUCGUGACCUCCGCGUCCAUCGACCUACAGGACUAUACAUACUACUUUGUCGCUGCACCAUGGUUGUCUGUCAAAUUGCUGCGCCUUCUACAGUGCUACCCUCCACCUGAGGAUGCAGCGCUGCGAAGUCGUCUCACAGAGUGUCUGGAGACCAUCCUCAAUAAAGCCCAGGAGCCACCCAAGUCCAAGAAGGUCCAGCACUCCAACGCAAAGAAUGCUGUUCUGUUUGAAGCCAUCUCCCUCAUCAUCCACCAUGACAGUGAGCCCACCCUAUUGGUACGAGCCUGCAACCAGUUAGGCCAGUUUCUGCAGCACAGGGAAACCAACCUUCGUUACUUGGCUCUGGAGAGUAUGUGCACACUGGCCAGCUCUGAGUUUUCUCACGAGGCAGUAAAGACGCAUAUAGAAACUGUGAUCAAUGCUUUAAAGACGGAGCGAGAUGUGAGCGUUCGUCAGCGGGCCGUGGAUCUGCUCUAUGCCAUGUGUGACCGCAGCAACGCCAAGCAGAUUGUUGCAGAAAUGCUGAGCUACCUGGAGACCGCUGACUACUCAAUCAGAGAGGAGAUAGUGCUCAAGGUGGCUAUCCUGGCAGAAAAAUAUGCUGUGGACUACACCUGGUACGUGGAUACUAUCCUCAACCUCAUCCGCAUCGCUGGUGACUAUGUCAGUGAGGAGGUGUGGUAUCGUGUCAUCCAGAUUGUCAUAAACCGAGAUGAUGUCCAAGGCUAUGCUGCCAAGACUGUCUUUGAGGCACUACAGGCUCCCGCCUGCCACGAGAACCUGGUUAAGGUGGGGGGUUACAUCCUGGGAGAGUUUGGUAACCUCAUUGCUGGGGACUCACGCUCCAGCCCUCUGGUCCAGUUCAACCUUCUUCACUCUAAAUUCCAUCUCUGCUCUGUGCCGACUCGGGCACUAUUGCUUUCGGCCUACAUCAAGUUCAUUAACUUGUUUCCAGAAGUGAAGGCAACGAUCCAAGAUGUGCUGCGGUCGGACAGCCAGCUCCGCAACGCCGACGUAGAGCUUCAGCAGAGAGCUGUCGAGUACCUGAGGCUCAGCUGCAUCGCCAGCACUGACAUUUUGGCCACAGUCUUAGAAGAAAUGCCUCCGUUCCCAGAGAGAGAGUCUUCAAUCCUGGCCAAGCUGAAGAGGAAGAAGGGCCCAGGCAAUCUGCCCGACAUCAAUGAUGCCCGGCGGAAUGUCAAUGGCAAUACUGAGCACAGCGAGAAAACUGAAGCCACAAACAAGUCUUCUCUUUCACUGUUGGCAGACCUUCUCCCUACCAACAGACCCCGCCCUGCCUCCUCUAGCCCCAUCUUGCUCUCUGCUGGGACCAUGGGUUCCAAUCCCUCCUUCACAGACCUGCUGAACCUAAACUCAACCCCUUCAGCAGGAGCCAGUCUGCUAGUUGAUGUCUUUUCCGACAGCUCAACUCUUGCGUCCAUAGAUGUGUCUGAGGAAAAUUUUACCAGGUUUGUUUGUAAGAACAAUGGUGUUAUCUAUGAGAACCAGCUUUUGCAGAUUGGACUGAAGUCUGAGUACAGGCAGAACCUGGGUCGCAUGUAUGUCUUCUACGGCAACAAGACAUCUACCCAGUUCCUCAGCUUCUCCUCAUCAGUGACAAGUCAUGACACACUCAAGACUCAGCUGAACGUCCAUGCUAAGACAGUAGACCCCGUAAUAGAAGGUGGAGCUCAGGUCCAGCAGAUCCUCAACAUUGAGUGUGUGACAGAUUUCACAGAUGCACCGGUGCUCAACAUCCAGUUCAGAUACGGUGGAACCCUUCAGAACAUUGCAGUGAAACUCCCUGUGAUGCUGAACAAGUUUUUUCAGCCCACAGAGAUGACAUCCCAAGACUUCUUCCAGCGCUGGAAACAGCUGGGAGCUCCUCAGCAGGAGGUUCAGAAAAUCUUCAAAUCCAAACACCCAAUGGACACAGAUGUUACCAAGGCCAAGAUCUUAGGUUUUGGUGUAGCUCUGCUGGACAGGGUGGAUCCCAAUCCUGAAAAUUUUGUUGGAGCUGGAGUAAUUCACAGUAAGAACACUCAGGUGGGCUGCCUCCUCAGACUGGAGCCCAACGCACAAGCACAGAUGUACCGUCUCACCCUCCGGACCAGCAGGGAGUCUGUGUCUCAGAGACUGUGUGAUCUCCUCUCUGAACAGUUUUAGACUCAACACAGCACCAGCAUUUUUACACCUUUACUCUCCUUAGAUUGGAAUUGAUGUAUUGU